AUGCAGGAGCCAACCCUCACCGACAUCCACAUUCGCUCCGUCCAGGACGCCCACAAGCUCUUCUACGCUGUCCAGCUCGGCCUCCUCGAGAAGAUCGACAAACGUCUCGACGCAAACGAGCGCAAUGCCCUCCGCCCGGGCAACGUCUACGUAUGGGAAGAGAAGGGUCCCACCGCAGACACGUUCAGCGUCAGCAUGGAGCGCUUCACUGAAGGUAAAUCAUGGACAGCAUCCCGCGUCAGAGACGACUUUCUUAUGUACUUUGAGGACCAGAAGAAGAAGGGUCGCGGUGACUCUCAACGCGCGAAAUCGUCCGAGAACCAAGUCGUCCGGCCAGGCGAGAGCGAUCAGUUCAUCAAGCUCACAUACUCGGUCUUCCGUGAUGACCCCGCCGAUCUGGGACAGUCCGACGAGAAGCAGAGGAAACCACGGAAAUGGCAUCUCAACGCGUACUUCACGAAACUCACCGAAGGUCAGCUGCGGACGAUCGACGACAUCCCAUUCCUCCGUGACCUGCAAGUCCCAGAGGGCACGUUUAAGAGCGCGCGAGCGAACAAAUCCGGCAAGAAUCGCGAUGCAUCAAAGUCCACGAACUCGAGCGUGAAGCGCACCUUCGCUCCCUUCCCCUCCAAUUUCCCGGCACACCGUACACAGGAUAUCCCCUCGGGUCGCGCGCCGUUACCUACCGCACCCCAGCCCACCAUGCUGUCCCCGGAUCAGAUUCCAAUUGGCAUCAUGCCCCUCGCCCUACCUCUCUCGCAACAGGAGCAUAUCCUGCAGUCCCUCCCACAGACUGGUUCUUCCAGCCUCAUACCCAUUGACGGGUCAUCAUACAUUCCACACGCUAUCGCCGCAUAUAUGACUGCGCCCUUCGUCUCUGAGCCCGCACUUGAUGCCUCGUGUAUACCGCCGUCACGCCAUUCUUCCGAUAUGUCCAUGUCCCCUUCACUCUCCGAUUUCUCGAAUGGAUCCUGGCCUUCUCCCAGCCCGUCGCACCGCAUGUCCGACUCGCCCUCCCAUUCUGCAUCUCCCGAUUCGCCAAUGGCGGAUAUCUUCGCGCCGUUGACGGACAACGGCCUGCCUUACGAGCCCGCGCCCGUCUCCGAGCAAGACGGCGGUCAGGCAGGCGGCGCACGCGUCGACCUCGCGCCGCUGAACUCGCUGCACCGCAGCCAUCCGUACCGUCGGAGCCCCAUCGACGACCGCGCGCUGCGCCUGCUCGGGCCCGGCGCACGUUGA